CAAGGAGACAACAAAGGAGGCGGCGUUUGGAGUGAGGCGCGCUCUUCCUCGUGCACGAACUGCAGGCGACAAUGGCAAAACGACGUGCGCGCUCCCGCUGUAAAGCGACAAGAUGGCGGUCGCCGCCGGAUCAGGCGUUAAAGUUCCCCGCAAUUUCCGGCUGCUAGAGGAGCUGGAAGAGGGCCAGAAAGGUGUGGGGGAUGGAACAGUCAGCUGGGGUCUGGAAGAUGACGAAGACAUGACUUUAACACGAUGGAGAGGGAUGAUUAUUGGCCCUCCUAGGACAAUCUAUGAAAAUAGGAUGUACAGCCUGAAGGUUGAAUGUGGGCCCAGAUAUCCAGAGACACCACCAUUUGUAAGAUUUGUGACCAAGAUAAAUUUGAAUGGCGUGCACAACUCCAAUGGUGUGGUUGACACACGAGCGGUGUCGGCACUGGCCAAGUGGCAGAACUCCUACAGCAUCCGGAUGGUGCUGCAGGAGCUCAGACGGCUCAUGAUGUGCAAGGAGAACAUGAAGCUCCCCCAGCCACCCGAGGGCCAGAUCUACUCCAACUGAGCCCAUGCUACUUUUGCCUCUCAUUCUCCUUCUCCUUUUCCCCCCAGCUCUUCUCUGUUUGCAUUCAUUCCUUCAUCCCAUCCACCACCACGUCUUGACAUUCAGUUGCCUGCCAACACUUCAGGCUGCGCGCACAUAUGGCAGCAGACUUACCAUGACAAUGACAGAUAUACACCAACAUACAUAGCGUAAUAUACAUGAAUGCACACACACGCACACACAGACACACACAUACAAACGCACACACAUUCACAUGCACACUUAUCCAUUGUUCAUGAAGCCAUUCUCAGGCCCCGGCCCCCUCCCUCUCUCAUCACUGGAGCUCUGGGUGGACUAGAUGUGACGAGGCAGGUGGAGUCCUCAGUCCGCACCAGAUGUGAUCAUUCGAAUACUGUACAUCUUACUAAUCUUUUUUUAUUAUUAUUUGUUAUAAAUGCAGAUUGUACAAUAACAUAAAUAAUCUUAUUGAGUGUACAUCUCGUGUGUUGCCUUUUUGUAACAUUGAAAAAUAGCCACUUAACAUAAUUGUUCCUAGUUCACUUACCAUUUGUGGUUGCUGUUAGUUAUGACGAGAUACAUUAUCUUUCAAGGCUUAUCGUUCCCUAUGAAAAUUGUACCCAGAACAUAUUUAACUUGGCAGUUCAUGUUAAGUAUGUCAAACAUGAAACAGAUGUGUUAAAUGAAAUAUGUUGAGAAGUAUUUCAUGAGUAUUUGUUGAGGUUAUGGGCAUGCAUAGAAUAACUGUUGCAGUUUGUUGACUGUUCCCAUGGUACCUGCAUGUGGAUGCAGCUCAUAGCCAAGGUGUCACAGCUUUUUUUUUUUUUUUUAAGUAAACAUUUAUUUAUAAUUAUUUCAUUUAAGCACACAUUCUCAUAUGUUCUCAGAACUGAAGUGAACAUUGUUUACACCAGUUUAUCUAUUCUUACACCAUCACAUUAUGUGUAGCCUAUAUCAAAAGGUUUGCAGGCAUCUGACUAAACAAUGCUUGAAAAGAGAAUCUAAAUCAGCUACCUCUUUUAGUCCUGUGUAAUGUCAGAGAGGAUAUCUGACUGGUGGAACUGUCUUCUUUAUACAUUUUUUUUCUCUCUUUCCUCCAUGUCUUUUAUGAAUCCAAAGUCGUGCUUUUCCACUUGUGUGACCAUUUAAGAUCUAUUAAUGUUAGUGCUGAAGGAGGUUCAAGGUCAGUCAUUCAUUCGCCCCAUAGGAGGGUUAUAAAUGUAGAUGUUUUGCAUUUUUACAAAAUGAAUUGCCUUAUGUACAGUGUUUACAUAUCUUCUGCCCUUGAAUGACUUUACCAAAUGCAGCAAAAGUGUAAUGUAAGCAGUCCCAUCAGUGAGGAGACUAUUUCAGAUUUUACUCCCAGUUUGGCUUUUAUUAGUUUAGCAACUCAAUUUAUGCUUGUUGGUAGGACAUCUCUACUUGUGUAAUGGUCUUGGUGAUCUGAUUUGUGUGUAGACAACCUGUAAGACAUUCACAUUUUAUCCCCACCCCCCCAAAAAAAAUAUUAGAAUGUAAACCCACCAUGAGAUACAGUUGUAAAAUGAAACUUUCAUGUUCAAUACUCAAAUCACUGUACUAGUAAUAAAAGCUGCUGCUAGUAUAUCAGCAA